AUGGUCAGAAUUCCUUCCACUGAAACUGUCCUCCAAGUUACAGACCUCCAGGCAAAGGUGAUUCCAGUCCCUGCAACAGAGGAUCAGAGAGUAACUCUGAUGUGUAGCACCAGCUGUCCUCUGACUGGAAACACUCCAACCUACAUCUGGUACAAGAAUGGAGAGUUUGUCUACCAGGACUGGUCUCCCUGGUACCAACACCUGGUCAGCAGUGAGGAGGCAGCCACAUACUCCUGUGCUGUCAAAGGCUACGAGCAGCUCAGAGCCCCCGAGGUCUCAGUGGAUUCUGUCACCUCAACCUGCUUCAGUGUGAGCUACACUAAAGGGAGGAUGUGUUCCUCUGAACAGCCCUGUUCCAUCACAUAUCCCAGAGAACUAUAUGUUCAGUUGGAUCCUGUUACCAGAGGAGGCACUGUCAGAGCAAACUGCAGCACGCGUUGUGCUCAAACUGACAACAGAGCACCUGGGUGCACCUGGUUCAUAAACGGAAGAACACCACAGUAUACUCACCAGUACCCCACUUCAAAGUCCUCUACUGACAGCUUCUCCUGUGCUGUAAAAGGCCAUGAGGAUCUCCGCUCUCCUGCAGUGUGUGAGUAUGAAGCAACUGGUUCUGUAGAUCUGAUGGUGUGA